UUUGGUUUUUAUAUUUAUUCUUAAUAUUGAUCUUUUUCCUAUUAUUUUAAUUAAAAAAUAGAGGUAUCAUGUAGCUUACGCUACACGCUAUGUAGCUUACAUUACACGCUAUUUGUUUUAGCAAAACCCAACAUGGAAAUCUGAGUUGGGUUGACACUGCCCAAUAGAUGGGAGGGAGGGAUUGAUCUUUGGCUGUUAUAGGAGGAUGGGGGGAAGACCUAAAAGGGCUUGGAUCGUGGUGGUGAGAAGGGAUAGGAAGGCUUGUUCACUUACCAAGUUUUACACCAUAGAAAUGAUUAGCAAAAAAGGAUUGUAAAGCUGAUCCCUAAUAACUAAACAAGAAUAAUGAUGAUGGUGAUGAUGGCAAUCUCUUUUGUUCCACAACAUUCUUCUUCUUCUUUAUUUAUUUAUUUAUUUAUUAUACAUGUCGACUAUGUUUCCUUUGAAUCUUAGAUCUAUCCAUGUCCCAUUCAUUGGCUUGGAAGAGGUCCUGUAAUUUUUUUACUUGGAUAUUGCAGAUUGGUGGAUAUGGAGUCCUCGGUUGAUGUAAUAAGAUCUUGCUUGGAUUCCAUUCAUCAGAUAUCAGACGAGGUUUCAGAUGCUACUGUGUAUCUAGAUGCUGGUUGUUCAGAGGCCUUCCAAUUUCUUGGUGCGUUGCCACUGUUGUUGGAACUUGGAGUGCGUGCUGUUUGCAGCUUGGAGAACAUGUCUCCACUUGAUGUUGUAAGUUUUGAUUUCCAUUUAAAAACUGGUUGGUGCAAGUGUUGCAUAUCAUGUUCAUCCCAUUUGUAACAAGGUUUAUAUAGAAUGUAAGUUGCUUGUGCUUGGCAUCCUCAAAAGGUAUGCGAGAUUUUACAGAGUUGUGGGUCGCCAUGAAAUUUUAGAUUUUCCAUUUGAAGGAGGGCCUUUCACUUGGUGUAACCACCAAGCAUAACCUGUAAUGUGUAGGUUUGGACCAGUUCCUAGUGGAUAGAGAGUGUGAGAAGCUCUUACCUAAUUCCAUUUGGACCAUCAUUCCCACGCCAAUAUCAGAUAAUAAUCCGGUACUGUAGGAUAACAUCCACUGGGGUCCGAGACCAUUCAAAUUCGAAAAUGAGUGCUUCAGAUUCCUGGGUUCUACAAUUAGGUGAAGGAUUGGUGGUUGGAAGCUGAUGUCGUUGGUUGGGCUGGUUUCGAAUUUUGUAAGAAUUGCAGAUUAUUAAAGCUAAUUUGAAAGUCUGCUCCAUACAAUUAUACAAAUUGAAGUUUAUUUUGCGUCACAUUGAGGAGUUGAUAAGGAGGUCUUGGCUAGUAUAGGGGACAAUGAGAGGAAAGAAAGAUUGGAGCUGAGAAGGGAGUAGAAAUUUCUCUCCCGGCAAGAGGAAAUUGCGUGGAGGCAAA